AUGUUUGACUCUCACAUUGAAUUAACUAAUCCGGGGAUUGAAUUUCAACCAGCUAAUGAAAUUGAGUUGUUGAGCACAGAUAUAAACGUGAAAUCGCUCAUGAUCUGCGCAAGUUGGUGUAAUCAAAAUCCUCAAUGCCGCACAUUCGACUAUCAAAGUUCAUCUCCGUUACGAUGUCGAUUAUUCGAAGGCGGGUCGUCCACAGGCACACAAGUUAAUUCAUCAUCGCCAACUUCUCGACUAGGUGCCAUCAGCUAUUAUCCUGAGCUGUAUUCAGCGUACAAUCAGUCGUGUAACCGAUGUCAACAAAGUCGGUAUCUUCUGUGUGUUAAUGACAGAUGUCAGUGCCCACCCAACACAUUUUGGAACAGUUCGAUGUGUUCAAAUCAACAUUACAGUGGGUUAACGUGCCAAGCAGACGACUGGUGUAGACAAGAUUUAAACUUAACGUGCUUUCUACCCACCAACACAUGUGUCGGCGAGGCCGCAGCAACUAGUACAGGUACAACGGAAUUGGCAGCCACAACAACAAAUAUUUUAGCCGCAGCAACUAGUACAGGUACAACGGAAUUGGCAGCCACAACAACAAAUAUUUUAGCCGCAGCAACUAGUACAGGUGGCACGGGUGUGGCAGCCCCAGCCACGAAUU